AUGCGAGCCAUUGAGAAAUAUUCUAAUCAAGAUGACGAAUUAUUGCAUCCGUUAUGGAUAGGCAUAUUAUUAUUACUCAGUAUAAUAAUUAUCGUUGGCUUAGUUUGUUAUAUACGAGUGAAAUGUCAUUCUCAAGUACGACUUCUAUGCAAUCGUCUCUUUCGUCGAAAAACAGCGCAACACUCAACGGAUGAAAAAUAUUCUCCAACGAGUUAUUCGUAUAAUUGGCCAUCUAUUUACAAACCCACGAAAAGUCAAUCGCCAAAACUCUAUACAUUAGUCAAAAAUCUUCGAACGGCGAACAUUGAACGACAACCAUCCAUCAAAGAAUCCACUACAGAACCUAAACAGACACGAAAACCAACUACAAUUUCUUCGUCACCCGCCAAUAGCCAACGUGCAUCGGAAAUAGCGCGAAAAUUCUAUGCAAGUAUGCGUCGAAAUAGUCAAUGUGGUCGCUCGUCAUCAAUUGAUAGUUAUAUUAAUGAAAUGCCUUCGCCGAUGAGCUCACCCUCAGCUGUUGAUCUUUCGAUGAACACGAAACGAGAUGAAAAUCUGUCAUCAUUUCGUGCAUCGUAUUUUUUUCAAUCUAUACCAGAUACCAGCCUAGCAUAG